AGAGCUAUCUAUAUGGUCGAGGACAGUCUCUCACGCGAACGGAGAGGGUCCUGUUCAGAUUUUCACAAAUUAUAGCCCAAUUAAACACUAAUCGUUUAUACAAGAUCAAAGUUUCGGGAAAUUCGUUAAGUGUUCCAUGAGUAAUAAUCGCUUUAUGGAUAGCCCCUAAUUGAAGAAUGUGACCGCGAUAUGAAGGACUACUUUUAUUGGAGCACUUGUAAAAGUGAACAGUUUCCUAAAGUUUGCCAUGCAACUUAAAUAAUGUCAAAGGACUCGUAUUAACGAGGCAUAUUUUGCAAAUCAAAACAACUCGAUAAAUUACUUGUCUACAGAAUUUUGUCGGCGAAGCUUGUGUUUGUUUUUUUUUCUCUCUGCAAGGAGGACACUAUUUUCAACGCUUGUGAUUCGGGAGAUUUUAGGAUAAUUUUUAGAGUAAAUGUGUUAGAUGACGAGACAUGGAUCAGCUUGACAUUGGACAGGGAGAGUUGGUUCAUGCAACAGACAGGCCGACUUUGAAGUUUGAAGAAGGUUCGUACACUUUACCUGAGCUACUAGAGUCACAUCUGCUACCUGUGGUAGCUCAGUACGACAGCUCAUGCCAGCCGAUACCGUUUCACGAAUUCAACUUUGACCUGUCUCAGCCUCUGUUGCUUUAUAAGAAGCGGAACAUUCAGAAAGUGGUGGCGAGGUCUCUUCAUAUAGAGGAUGAGAAAUAUAAUGAAGUUGGAGAAUCCCUCCUGAUACCAGAAGAUUAUAAAGGUUGGUUCGCAGUUUUACAAAGAAUCACCGGAAACAUUAAAGCAGACGACACUGUACCGCACUUUACAACAGUCGAAGAAGUUGCAAACUCAAAUACAGACAGAUUUUUAAUUGGUGGAACAAAGAAAAUAAACGGCCUCCAACUGCUUGAUCGUAAUGAUCCCCAACUCAAACAUGAACAACGCCAUUUUCUUCCAGGCGACAUAUUAACGCGGGAGAAAAUCUACUAUGGAGAAACCAAAAAGAGAACAAGGUUAUUUAGGAAACCGAAAUAUAUAACUGAAAAAUUCCUGAUGUGUAGAGAUGAGUCGGAUCGUGAAAUUCUUCUACCCUUCGAGCAAACAGGAAUAUUUUAUCAGAUUUCACACAAGAGCGGGAAAGCGAAUAAACAAGUAAUGCAAAUGAGUGACAUCGUCGCACGCAAACUGACACCAAGGAUCAUAAAACUAGUGUUCGGUCGAUUUCCGGUCACUCCAUGUUCAUUUACAGGUUUAAUGAGAGCAGAAUCGUCAAAGAUAGAAACCUCCGUAAUUGCUUCUACUUUGAUUAACACGAAAAACAUACUCUUGGAAAUCCCAGUAUCUUGUGCGAUACGUUUUCGUGUUGCUAUUAUGGACAAUGAGCUACGGACGAAUUCUUGUUACAGAAAUGCAAUGAGCAUUUGUGCCGAAAGAGCAAUAACAUAUAUGAGAAACAUUAAAGUAUGUUAUAAUUUCACAACGGAAGAUGAUGAUGACGAGUUCUGGUCUAGAAAAGACUCAAUUGUAGACCCCGCGUCUCCAAGUCUAAGCAGUUUGAUUAACAACAACAACACCAUACUAACAAUGAAGACAUUCAAACAGAAUAACGAAAACAAAGAUCCCAUUUCCGGAAGUCCCGAGUCUAUUAGUGAAAUCCUGAGAACAAAUAACGAGAAAGGUAUUGAGGCAAGGCAUGAAAUUCGGCGGGGCUUUUCAGUUGAUGUUUCAGACGAUAUCACCAUCCGACCGGGAAGGUGUCAGUCCACAGCAGGUCGUGUCAGCUUUUGCCUGGGUAACAAUUAUCUGACUGUGCCAAUGUUUGACACAGGCUUCGGUAGAAAAAGGGACUCUGGCAACAACAACACUAUUUUUGAUAAAACGUACACAACAAGACGGGGAUCCAAACUCUCAUUUAAUGGUACAUUUUUUGAAGAGGUCGAAGAAGAAAAAGCAAAUGAAGACACAGCUGGAGUAAAUACUGCAGAGAGUAUUCUAAUGCCUCCGCCUAUCCCUUGUACAAACAUUCACUCGUAUGUCAAUGCGGUGUUACCCCCUCAGAUUAAUAUGGAUACUGAAGAUCCGGAUUACAUACCGGCAUCUGGUAUACGGCGACCGAGUACUCAGGCACCUGGUAUGCCGCCUCCUCCUUUACCAAGGUCAUCUAGUACAAGUGGCGUGUCGUCUGGGUCAUUAUCGUCAAUUAGUGAUGACACAGUCUCUAAACGAGAAUCAUCAGAUUCGUUCGAAUAUGCUGUGCCAAAAAUACAAGACCCCAACACUAUUUUAUCUGAUUUGUCAGGAGCUGCAAAUGUAUCAAACUGUAAUACACAAGAGAAAUCAGAAAAGCCUUUGCUUCGUCGGCCUUCGACAUUUACGUUUUCUGAGGGUUGUUUCAACCAAUCAAGGGGAACUCUAAAGUCACCAGUAUGUGGGACAAUUGACGAUAUUGAAGAUACUACAAGCGAAGAAGCAAGUCCUGUUUAUGAAAAUAUUCAAAAGUUGAUGGAACUUGUUUCUAAACUUGAAAUGGACAGACAAGCUUCUUCGGGUGAAUUUUCCCCGAUUGAUAAAUCAGAAAGUCCAACAAACAAUGUUGUUGAACACUUGGAUGAAAUCAAUGAGAAAAUGGCAAACACUUUAGGUGUGGAUUUAGCUGGAGAGUCCAAAGAAAAUAACGCUGUAGAAAAAAUUGAAGAAAUCCGUGAUGAUGACAGUGCGUGCAAUGAAAACACUAUGGACAGUGAACUUUGUAAAGUUCAUGACAAUGACGAUGUCUUGGACAGUGAAACAUUAAAUAAAACAAGAGUUAGACGCAUCGGUGUGACAGAAAUCGAUACGGAUUUUAGUAACAUGAACCAUGUGACAGAUGAAGAUAAUCAGGGGAAUGUUAAUGAAACUGUUUGUGAAAAUAGCAUAGUAGAAAACGAUGAUAGUGAUCUUAACAAUGGAGGAGAAAAUGUUCAGGAAUGUGACGAUGAAAAUACACCAAGACUAGAAUGUUGUGAUGAUAAACUAACAAUGAUAUCUGAAGAAUGUGAAGAUACAGUGUUCAUUGAUGAAGAUUGUUUUCCUACUACAAAUUCAAGCUGUAGUAAUUGUGAAUUUGAAACCGAGCAUUUGACGGAUGACACAAACGAGAAAGAAAAACAGUCAGAAAACUCGUUGGAAAAAUGUCGCUGGAAAAUUGCUAUUGAUAAGAUGAAGAACUCUCCAGAGUUUAUAGCAUCUAAGGGAAAGAUUAAAGCACUUGAGAAACCUUUUAAUUGCUUGAAUGUUGACGAAAUUGCGGAUGCGUUACUGUGUAUCGGAAUUAAAGAAGUGACGAUAAAUCUCAUUAAGGAAAUGGGGGUGGACGGAGCUAGAUUAAGCGAGGUGUUAGAUGGAGAUUUGAGUAUAAGAGAAUGCCUGCGUGGCGUAAAUCUGGUCGAUCAACAAAAGAUCUCCAUGUUUAUUAGAGGAUGGCGGCCAAAUACUGAAUAGUUCAGACUUAAAGAGUAUGAUUAAAAUACAAGUGGAACUUGCAUUCCAUGACUUUGAUUUUGUAGCUAUACGAGUAUGUAACCUAUAUUUAUUUAUGUUAACACAUACAUUAGACUGUUGAACCGUAGUGUAGAACUGUAGAAACAUAUAUGUUUUGAAACGUUUAUAUUUUCAGCGUGUUUGUAUAUACAUGUACUGUACACGCAAAAAGAUAUCUUUAUUUUAUAUUUGCAUCAGCUUAUUUUAUAUAACGAUAAUUUAGGCAUAUUCAUAUGUUACAAAUGAAAUUUAUAUUUUAGCAAUGACAAAUCAUUGCAAGAAGGUCACGAACAGGCAUCAAAUAUUGACUUGUAUAGCCAAGCUCUAAUUACCAACUGAAAGCCAAAUUAUAUGAUCUAUGAAAAACCUCCUGAACUUCAAGACGGGUGAUUUUUUUCCAAAGAAGCGUUUAUAUCGCUUGUUCUUGUAUUCCAAACUGUCAAAGCAAGUUAAACAAAUUCGAAUCACGUGGUCAUCAGGUUAUCGAUUACGUUUUAAUACCUAGCGAUAGUUAAUGCUUAAUAUAUAAGCAAGUUUGUACAUUUUUGCUGAUGCGUUAUCUACAGUAUCUCUAGGAUCAUGGUACAUGUAUCGGGUACGAAACUUGGACUCUGGUUCCCACAAGAACUAACCCUACCCGCGGAUACCCGGGUACUCGUCCAUGCUCGAUUUGAAGUACGUUUCUGCAUGUCUAACAGAGAACUUUUCAAAUGAGUUUUCGCAUAUAAGAUGCAUGUAUAAUGCUGUAAUAUUUAUAAGGUAAAAUAAACUAUUUUAGAUA